UUAUUUAGAGGGGAUUUUAUCAGUAUUGCCAACUAAUAGAUUGACAGGAGCGCGUGUGGCUGCUGUGACCUCGGUUCACUGCAAUUCUAGGAAUAAAGGCAUCACUAAUCGAUCGACGACGCACUCGUUCUUUGCCGUGCUCCGCAUUUGCUUUCGCUACCCGACUUUCUUAUCCACAUUCAGGUUUCGAUCGUCCUCAAUAACAAUGGCAACAACAGUGAAGCUGAACACCGGUGCACAGAUGCCCAUCGUGGGACUGGGCACAUGGAAGUCUCCUCCUGGAAAGGUCACAGAGGCAGUGAAAGCAGCCAUUUCAGCUGGUUACAGGCACAUUGAUGGAGCGUACGUCUACCAGAAUGAGGCAGAAGUGGGUGAGGGUGUUCAGGCCAUGAUCGAGGCUGGAGUGGUCAAAAGAGAAGAUCUUUUCAUUGUGAGCAAGCUAUGGUGCACUUUCCAUGAGAAGUCCAUUGUGAGGAAAGGCUGUGAGAAGACUCUCAGUGACCUUAAACUGGACUAUCUAGACCUCUAUCUAGUGCACUGGCCCAUGGGUUUCAAGUCUGGAAGUGAGCUUUUUCCUUUGGACAGUGCUGGAGAGACGAUCAAUGACAAUACUCAUUUUCUGGAAACAUGGGAGGCGAUGGAAGAACUGGUGGAUGCUGGUUUGGUCAAAGCCAUAGGCAUCUCCAACUUCAACAAGGAUCAGAUUGAAGCCGUUCUCAACAAGCCAGGACUCAAAUACAAGCCUGCCAACAACCAGGUGGAGUGCCACCCCUACCUGACCCAGGAGAAGCUGAUCAACUAUUGCCACUCCCAGGGCAUCUCAGUUACUGCUUACAGCCCUCUAGGAUCUCCAGACAGACCAUGGGCUAAACCAGAUGACCCCUCUCUUUUGGAUGAUCCCCAAAUCAAAGCCAUAGCGGAGAAGCACAAGAAGACACCUGCUCAGGUUCUGAUCCGCUUCCACAUCCAAAGAAAUGUGAUCGUGAUCCCCAAGUCCAUCACUCCACAGCGCAUUCAGGAGAAUUUCCAGGUGUUUGACUUUGAGUUAUCUGAGGAGGAAAUGAAGACUAUAUUGGGAUUCAAUCGGAACUGGAGAGCCUGUCCAAUGCAAUGGGGCUUGAAGCACAAGGACUAUCCAUUCAACGCUGAAUUCUAAAACAAAACAAGCGUCAUCGCCUGUUGUUUAGAUCCAUUUGGACUGUUACUGUGGCUUUACAUAUAACCUCUUAUAUUUCUCGGGAAAAACAGCUUCUUCAUCUGUUCCCUGGAAAGUUUUACAUACAAACAAAUUUACUUAUGCCCAAUUAGAUUCUCUAAAUUAAUCAUUUUAGAUAAAGGUCUUUGUGUUAUUUUAGUUUGAGUGAAUAAUUUGAUCUUUAUUUUUCACAUGUUUUGCAUUGAAUUUAUGUUUUUUUUACUGUUAUAUUUUUAGUAUGGCAUUAAGUACUGGGGGGAAAGAAAAAAAUGUGCCAUAUGCAGUAAAAAAAUAACCUAUUUUUAGAUGAACAGAUGGUUCUGAGAAUUAUCAGUUUUAAAACUCUUUUUUUGAAAGUCUUAUGGUAUCGUGUGUAAAAGGAGAAAAAAACUCAUGAUGAGCCUAUACCCAAAGAUAAGACAAAACCUAUGUUGUAGCAUAAAAUUAACACUAGAGAUGCACUCCUGAUUUCUCUGAAUACUGGCUAUUUUUCCCCACAGCACAGUGAGCUUUGUUCUUAUGACUGUGAAAGAGGCCUUGUGUCUAAAGUUACAUAUAGUCAGAUUCUUAACACUUCUUUCUUAAUCACAGAACACGUUGCACAACGCUGAUUUUCUUUUGUAUGAGUCAUGAAAUGGCACUUUGUAGUCAUGUGAAUCAACCCUGUUAAAUGACUGCUACUUUCACUUCCUUUAUCUGUAUUCAUUAAGUAUUACAAUAAAAUCCUGUGGGUGAA